AUCUCUCUCUCCAUUGUUCCUUCACUCUUAUCCAUCCUUCACCCACAUCCCACCUCCCACACCCAACGAUGGCUGCCUGGUCAUCCUUGUCCGUCCCACAACCUGGCCCACGUACGGCAGUGCUCGUACAGCGGCUCGUCCAACUCUCCACUCUCGUUCGUAUCUAUCUGCUCCUCAAGAUUAGCCUGAGGGCAUACCGCCACCUCUACGCGUAUGGUAUCGUCGGCACCAGCGUCCAGGCAUACUCGGCCAUUAAGAGUUUCUUUAUCGGCCUCCUGCUUCGCCUGCCAAGCGCCCGCCGAGAGGUGACGACGGAGCUAGCCAAAGUCCGCUCCGAUUUGGUCGCAAAGUUGGCGCCAACGACCUACCCGGAAGGCAUCAACCUCACCAACGUCCGCGAAAUCCCCGCCACGGGACGGGACCUCGAGUGGCUCCGUUCAGAAUGGGCCAACUUGCACAAGCUGGAGCACUCGGACGUCGACGAAGGACGGGUGAGCGGUGCCGUGUACCAUGGCGGAAACGAUCUCAGCAAAGUCAUUGCGGAAGCGUCAUCCGAGUUCCUCCUCACCAACCCACUGCAUCCCGAUGUCUUCCCCGGCGUCCGCAAGAUGGAGGCCGAGCUCGUCUCGAUGGUUCUCAAGCUUUUCCACGGAGAAGGAGGAGCAGGCACCACUACCUCUGGUGGUACCGAGUCCAUCCUCAUGUCUGUCAAGACGCACCGUGACUGGGCACGUGCGACCAAGGGCAUCACCGAGCCCGAAAUGGUCGUGCCUGCAUCCGCGCACGCCGCCUUCUUCAAAGCUGCCCAGUACUUCUGCAUCAAGAUCCACACCGUUCCGGUCAACCCCGAGACCCGCCAGGUUGAGCCCAAGCAUGUCAAGCGGUUCAUCAACGCCAACACCAUCAUGAUCGUCGGUUCGGCACCCAACUUCCCAGAUGGCAUGGUUGAUCCCAUCCCAGAGCUCGGUCGGCUCGCCGUGCGGUACAACAUCGGUCUCCAUGUUGACUGCUGUCUCGGGUCCUUCAUCAUCACCUUUGCGGAGCGCGCUGGUCUAGCCCAGGGAAUCCCGAAGUUUGAUUUCCAGGUGCCCGGUGUUUCCGCAAUCAGCUGUGAUACUCACAAGUACGGCUUCUGCCCUAAAGGCUCAUCCAUCAUCAUGUACCGCUCAGAAGCGCUCCGCCGAUUCCAGUACUUCUCAAUGCCCGAAUGGGCCGGUGGUGUCUACGCCAGCCCAUCCAUGGCAGGAUCACGACCCGGUUCCAUCAUCGCGGGUGCAUGGGCAACGGUCAACUACAUCGGUUUGGAAGGCUACACCAAGUCUUGUCAAGAUAUAAUCGGCGCCGCAAGGCAUUUCGCAUCCGAGAUCCGCCAGAACUUCGUCGGUGACCUCUACGUUCUGGGUAACCCCCAGCUCUCUGUCGUUGCCUUUGGCUCUAAGACGCUCGGCAUCUACUCGAUUGGUGAUGCCAUGAGCAAGCGCGGCUGGCACCUCAACGGCCUCGCCGACCCCCCAGCAUUGCACAUGGCUUUCACUCGCCUUAGUGGGAUGAACGUCGACAAGCUGCUCUCCGACCUCGCCGAGGUGGUUGAGCUUGAGAAGAAGUCGCCUACCAAGGACGGGACGAUGGUUGCGUUGUACGGCGCUGGACAGACUGUUGCUGGACCAUAUGUUGUUGACGAGGUGGCCAAGACUUUUAUCGACGUCCUGUAUGUUAGUCCUUCGUUAUGCAUUACAGCAAGUAGCGACGACGUCACUUUCCCCGUCCUGGACGACCCGUCCGUAGAAGACCCCGCUUCGCACGCCGAUCAGCACGACGAAGAAGCGGCGCUCGAGGCACUCCGCGCAGCCAUCUCCGGCAGCCAUGAGGACCACUCUGCACACGCCGCCGCUGCGGCCGACGCGCCCGCCGCUCCCACACUCCAGGCACCCGUCGCCGCCGAGGCAGCCGCCGAGCUCGCGAACCCGACCCUCAUCCCCGCCAGCCAGGUCCAGGUCCAGAGCAUCGACAAGGCAGUGGCAGCGCUCCAGCAGCUCAGCUCGGCCAACCAGGCCAUUAUCGACAACAUGAACGCGCCGAGCAUCCUCCAGGGGCUCAUGGGCAGCUUCAAGGUCUUGGCGGACAGCAACCGUCGCCAGGCCGAGCUAGUGAAGAACUUGAUUGAUUCGAUCCAGGGGCGAGGACCGCCCACCAUUGACCCGGGAUUGAGCAUCGCAUACGUGCCGCGCUCAGAAUACGACGCGCUCAAGGCUCGGUACGACGCGUUGGUCAGCACAUCGGCUCCGCUCUCUGGUCACGGCGCUGGAUCGUCGAGACGGGCGCGCACGGCGCGUCAGCACUCGACUCUUGCUGAUGGGGAGGACAAGCUUCGUGAGGCUGGCAGCACCACGCCAGUGUACGAGGAGGACAAGCGCCUCGGCCGCAAGCGACGCAGUAUGAAGCUGGAGCACCUCGUCCACAAGAUGGCCAACCGGCGCUUGGGUGUCGAGUACCCUGUCUCAUCAUUCGAGGUCAAGGGUUCGCGUGAUCUUCCUGAUCCGACAAACAUCCCGCCCACGGCCGAGACGAGUGUCAACGGUGUCGACGAGUUCCGCCCCGACUUCCGCGCGGAUGUGGGAUCUGCGUCGGUUCGUCCCUUUGUCGACGCGGUUAUCCAGGACGUCAAGGCGUCGUGGUCCGAGUCGUACUCUGUCGAGGAGCCCGAGGUCGAUGGCGAGCAGAUUGUCAAGGCGGUUCAGACCUACUGGACUCGCCUGAGCAAGCGCUUUGACGAGCAGCUCACCCGCGAGCGUGGCGAAGUGCACAAGGACGAGCUCACGCGCCGCAAGCAGAACCAGUACCGCAGACAGCAGUCGCUGGUUGCUCGCCGUGCGGCCGCGUUUGACUCGUCGCCGCUCAACCUCUGCAGGCUGCGCGCGCUCUACCGUACACUCCUCACCAUCGACUUUGCCGCCAUGACCAACGAGCGUGCCGAUCCCAAACGCACAUACACCGAGGACGAGUGGAACGCCUACCGCAAGCAACAGUGUGGGACCCGCGCGUCCGAAGCACACGAGGUUGUGGAUCAGUUCUGGUUGUCUAGCACCGCCAGGUCGUUGCUGUCCAUCUUGGACGUCUACGCCUCUGACCAAUCGGCGAGGUUGCGUCGCAAGGGUCGCCCCAAGCAGCCCGCGCCGACCUUCCACCUGCCCCCCGAGCUGUGGGACAGAACCAACCUUCCGCUCCUCCGACCCAAGGAUGCGCAGGGAUUACCCGUGGCCGGCGUCGGAGGCAUCAUCCUGUUCAAGUUCCAUGUGGACGAGAAGGUGCAGCAGGACUUCCCAGACUGGUCUCAGGGCCUGUACGACAACCCGCCCGUGGCAGAGGAGGACAACCUGCUCUCCAACCUCCCCGACGUCAUGAGCGCGAACGCGUUCUACCACCUCAAGCCAAAGGUGAAGCAGAUGACCGAUGCGGCCAAGGUUGCUAGACUGUCUCCAGAAGACGUGCAGGCCAUUCUCUCUCGUCCAGAGACGGACCACCAGCCGCCUUUACUCGACGAGACUGGAGCUGCAGUUGCGGCGGCCACGGCGGCGGCCAACGCCGAGGACACGUCGUUUGACCUCACCACCGACUUUAUGUCUGCAAGAGGUCUCGAGUCGAUUGUGGCCCUCGCAAGUGGGCAGCUGCUCAAUCCCUUUGUGACACCGACGGCAGCCCACGCGUCCACAUCGGCAGCCGCGACGCUGGCACACGCACACGCUGCCAACCCUCUGGCCGCGCUCAGCGGGCUCGGCGACGUGACUGGCGCGUCUGUUGUUCACGGCCCAAGUCCCGGCUCCAGUGUCCGUGCACGCAAGCAGGCGAAGCGCAUGAUGAGCGAAGUGCCGGGCGGAGCUGCUACGCCAGUGCCGCGUAAGAGGAGGAGGGAAGGGGACAUUGACGCGUCCGAGACGGUUGAUAUGAGCGGCGACGCGAGUUUCCUCGAGACGCUUUAG